GCCCAUCAGCAUCUCCCGUCAGUGUAGAGGAGCAGGGAGUCUGGAGGAGCCGGAGCAGGCAGCGCAGAGUUCAGCGGCUCCCGCGUUCGUCCCACACUUAGCUAGAGCUGCUCCCCAGGCAGUGGAGGUGAUGAUGGCGGCGGCUGUAGAGAGAGGAGGCGUCCGGGCCGCUUUCCUGAACCCGAGCAGCGGCGGCGGCGGCGGCGGCGGACCAGCACCGAGCAGCCUCCCGACCGGAGCGUUAGCCGGGGCUGCGGUCCUGGGCUCGGGCUCGGGCUCGGGCUCCGGCAGCAUGCCCGUUCCCAUGAACCUCUUCGCUACCUGGGAGAUAGACCGAUCGUCCCCCAGCUGCGUUCCGAGGCUCUGCAGCCUCACACUGAAAAAGCUGGUUGUCCUCAAGGAACUGGAUAAAGAGCUGAACUCCUUGUCUAUAGCUGUCAAGAUACAGGGUUCUAAGCGUCUACUGAGGUCAAACGAAUACAUCCUUCCACCCAGUGGGCUGAUGGAGACCGAUCUGGAGCUGACGUUCUCACUACAGUACCCCCAUUUUCUGAAGCGGGAUGCCAAUAGGCUGCAGAUUAUGCUGCAGAGGAGGAAACGUUACAAGAAUCGAACCAUCUUGGGCUACAAGACACUGGCAGUGGGAGUCAUCAACAUGGCCGAGGUGAUGCAACACCCAACAGAUGGAGGACAGAUUCUGGGUCUCCAUAGCAACGUGAAGGAGGCACCAGUGCGUGUGGCGGAGAUCAGCGUGUAUUCUCUGUCUAGCCAGCCCAUCGACCACGAGGAUGGUAGCGGCCAGGCUGGCCGUAAGACCAAAACCUCAGACCGAUCCCCAGACAUGGAUAAUUAUUCUGAGGAGGACGACGACAGCUACUCGUCAGAGCAGGAAGCCAGUGAUGACGCAGUUCACGGCCAGGAUCUUUACGAUGAAGACGAUGAGGUCAGGAAGCCCAAGAAAGCCCGGAGGAAAAUGAUCCGAACCACUUCAAUGACCAGACAACCUAACUUCAAGCAGAAGUUUGUGGCCUUGCUGAAAAGGUUCAAGGUUUCAGAUGAGGUCCUGGACUCAGACCCAGUGGACCAAACCCAGGAGGUGGAGGAGGAUCUGGACUUACUCUACGACAGUCUGGAAGUAUAUAACCAGAGUGACAGUGGCCCAGAGAUGGAGGACAAUGAGAGUGUUCUGAGCACACCCAAACCAAAACUCAAACCGUUUUUUGAAGGGAUGUCUCACUCCAGCUCCCAGACAGAAAUUGGAAGCAUACACAGCCAAAAAAGCCAACAGAGAGAGCCGACAUGCCCUACUGGAGACUUUCUGACUGUGGACAGAUGUAAAGUCCAAGGGUCCCGCUAUCAAGAUGACAGCGUCACAGACACAACUGUUGGGGAGCCAGAGAAUGACGACAGCGGGGCAGGGCCGGGGGAGGUGAGCAGCUGGGAUGUCAACACUGAACGGAUGACCAGCACUGUUGGCAAACUCUGCAAGACAGAGUCCCAGAACCACAUGUCUCCGAGCAAAGUAGACAACAAGCUGCAGAGGCGUCCUCGCAGUACCUCCAUGAAAGACCGGCAGAACUCCAAGGCCCAGAGCGACAGGACCAGCAGCAUGGAGAGCGAGUGCUCCCCAGACUCGCGCCUCAUUGCCCAGGUUCCCAGGAAGUCUGUGUAUGACCAGCUGAACCAGAUCCUCAUCUCCGAUGAGCGCCUCCCGGAGAGCAUCAUCCUCAUCAACACCACAGAGUGGCAGGGACAGUAUGUGGCCGAAUUGCUCCACGAACAGGGCCAGCCCAUUGUGUCCACCUGCUCCGCUGCUGACGUUCAGGCUGCCUUCAACACCAUCGUUACCCGUAUCCAGAGAUUUUGUAACUGCAACGCACAAACCCCACCGACGAUGAAGGUGGCAGUGUCAGGAGACCAGAGCUACCUCAGCACCAUCCUGAGGUUCUUUGUGGAGCAGCUGGCCAACAAGACGCCCGACUGGCUCAGUUACAUCCGCUUCCUGGUGAUCCCCAUAGGUUCUCAUCCCCUGGCAAAGUAUGUGGCCUCCUUUGACAGCAGAUUCAACAGCAUCUUUAUGGACACUGCAUGGAGGGAGCUGUUCUGCAGGACGGAACGCCCCGCCUCAGAUAACAUCGAUGUAGCAGGACGAAUCAUUCAGUAUCUGGCCGGCGCCAACGUGUCCCAUCAGUUCCCCAUCUCAGAAGCGAUGCUCACCUACAAACAGAAAAGGAAAAGAAGUUUGUAUUUUGAUUUUUACAUCAGCCCUGAUGAGGAUUCCUGUCAAAAAUUUGUGCCAUUUAUUGGGGUUGUGAAAGUUGGAAUUGUGGAGCAGAGCCUCUCAACCUCAGUGGACUCGGAUGACGCGAUGGGGGGAAACACAAGCAUCCUAUCCUCCCCAACACCCCCAUCGGCCGGUCCGUAUGGGAAGGAGAUCGGGGGCACCCCCCCACAGUCUCCAUCUGUGUCCACAGCCCUGUCUGGAGCUGGCUCUCCAUGUUCAGGCAGUGAGGUCAUGGGACUCCAGGUGGACUACUGGACCUGGCAGGGCCCAGAGAAGAAGAAAGAAGGAGAGAAAAGAGACGUAGGCCUGAAGAACACCCUGAAGAGUAACUUCCGUUCACUGCAAGUCAGCCGCCUGCCCUGUGGGGGGGAACUUACCCCUCCACCCAGCAUGGCCAUGACUGUAGUCACCAAGGAGAAGAACAAGAAAGUGAUUUUCCUCAGCAAGAAGCCCAAGGAGAAAGAGCUGGACUCUAAAAGCCAAGUGAUUGAUGGCAUCAGCAGGUUGAUCUGCACAGCCAAACACCAGCACACCAUGCUGAGAGUAACUAUUGAUGGAGUGGAGUGGAAUGAUGUGAAGUUUUUCCAGCUCGCUGCCCAGUGGCCAACUCAUGUUAAGCACUUCCCAGUGGGAAUCUUCGGUUACACUAAGCCCGUGUGACCCCAGCCGCCAUCCACCACCAGACUUGUCUCACCAAGAGGCUACGGAGAAUAAGAAGAAAAGCCAACAGGGCCCCCGGCAGUAAUAGCUUUCCUGUGGAAAUCUUACUGACUUGCAACCACGUGUUCAACACACAAUCUCUAUGUUGUCAAUUUGAUGUUUUUUGAUGUUGUUGGGUGUUGUUGUUGUUUUUUUACACACUACAGAAAGAACAAGUACUAUUUUGUAAGAUUUGUGCUAACGCCUCGGAGGUGUUUUGAGGCUUUUGACAAUUUGCCAGAUUUCAAUAAUGGCAGCUGUGUUUGCACUUUGUUUUUGUUAACAUUUAUUAUUUCUGUGAAAUCCUACAUUUAUUACUGUUACUCUAUAGACAAUGGAGGAGUGUGGUGGUGAUGUGCAGUGGUGUGCGUGAGGUUGUUUGAGACUGUGUUUGUGUUUUGUUGUUGACAGUUGGAAUAUUGCUGUGAAUUUAGAUGGACUCCUUCUAACUCAGUGCUCGUUGCGUUUUUCUAACUCGUCCCUUUACUUUCUCUGGGUAAAGACUUUAUAGGAAUAACAUUUAAUAGUUUUUGCCUCGUUGCGUUGAAGCACACUGUGUACCUAAAGCAAAGCAAAUCAAAAGCAACACAAGCAAGGUAUUUUUGAAGGUAGCUAUAAGGAAUGUAGCUAAGACAUUCGUAUCCUGUCGAGACGCUCAGCAAUAUAGUUUGUUAAUGUUCUUGCUGAGGCAUUAGUGUACAUUCAGAAUGUACAGUAACUUCCACUUAGAGCCAGGGUAAAUUAACGUAUUUCCGACAGCUGAACGCCAAAUUUAGUCGCAACUGUAUCAACUGUCGUAUUGUUUCAAGGGCUGAACCAAUUUUAAGUUCCCCGGCAGCAUUUCCUAUCUGUGUUGAACCUGGACAUUGUUCUCAUCUGGUUGAACCAGCAUUUACUGGGCUUGAAGUACUGGCUGCUCUCAGAGGUGCUGCAGUGACUUAGCAAAUACUAGAUGUGCGGUAACGUGCCAAAGUCAAGUUUGUUUUUACAACCCAGUCACCGGAGCUCCUGUCUCGGCCAAACGUAGUGUGUCAAUGAUGUUUCAGAUGCAGAUUAUUAAGUUCAAUAAAAGACUAAUCAGUGCUCUAGUUUUACACAUUUACACACAUUUUAUGAAUGCAAUUAUCUCUUCGUCUAAUACAGCUUCACUGUGGCUGGACACGUGGGUCGCACCCGACCUGGAACACACUGAUGGGCUGCUUUUCAGUAUUGCGCUGUACAGUAGCAACAGUAACGUUGCGUAUCAUUAGAAACGUGUGGAGUUUUACCAGAUGUCCAUCACUACCUAUGUGUGUCUGUGUAGGUGUGCUACUUGUGUGAUGGUACUCCUCAGUAGCGUUGGUCAAACGUUGGCAAUAGGGAAUGAGUUUGUAUGAGUUUGUUGUUGCUUUUUAUAAAGUGAAGGCUUACACGCGUGGUUAGGUCGGCUUUUUUAGUAUUGUAUAUAACUAUAUAUACAAGAUGUACUAUUGUGAAUUGCAAAUCCCCCUUAUUCUAAAUUAAAGCACAAAUAACUUACCUUUAUUUCUUCACCUAAAUGCCAAAUAUAUAUUUACAGAACUCGUAACUAUGAAGUUGACUUGUACAAUGCAAACACUAGUAGAUGUUACUUCUCCUACAUUUCCCUCCCUUGUAAUGCACUUUCAUGUGGUUUUAUACCCAUUUUGGCUCAAAUUGGGACACUGUUUGAAAUGUAAACCACUACCUACAGUCACGCUGUUUUAUUUUCAAAAGGACCCUUUUCAAGGAGAUGUGUUCAUGUUUAUGGCUUUAAGCGCCUUUUGAGGUCGGAAAACAGCCACGGCUGUCUGUUACUUAAUGUUGACCAUGUUUAUUUUGCAGCUACCUGGGCAUGCAUGUCUGCCUCUGACUUCACAGUUAAGUUCUCUUGUCUCCUGUUUUUUAAAGGGUCAAUGUAACGGUCUUCUCCUACUAGGGAGACCGAUUGGCCCGAACACAUUUGUACAUUCAGGCUGUGAAGUGUUUGCCAGGGAAGAGUCGUUGGAGGGCAUUUGUCAUGGGAAUUCGCUUUUGAAUGGCAAAUGGGCAUAAUGACAAGUGUAUUUCAAUGUAUUUGACCUCAGUUUUUUUUCCCCUAAAUCUAGACGUAGCAUGGGGGUCUUUUACAAGGCUGGAUCAAUGAGCAGGCAUGACCACUCCAUUACUUUGAAAUGCACAAAAAUAACAUCAGUGUUUAUUAUUGGUCAAAACUCUACAAGGAUUAGAAACAUGCCAUCUCAUUGCUCCCGUUACUUGAAAUACCACCCAGUGUCUUUGCACAAACCCUAUUUUAAAUGACGUGACAGUAUUUUUAAAUCUACCACUAAAAAUAUGGGUUACUCUGCAUGUUUUACUAUAGAUGUAAAUAUGUUUUGGAUUUUUAUAUUGUUUUGUUUCUUUCCAUGCUCUCACAAGCAGUUGUGUUUAAUAAAAGUUUUUAAUCUUC